GGCGUACCGUAGCCAUAAAGAUUCACGAAUCCCACCCACCCAUCCAUAACCAGCAGCCCCUCCGUGAGCUCUGAUUGGGUGUCCAUGUUGCGCUCGACCUUUACCCUAUGACCUGCGAUGUUGGCUGUUUCCUGUUCGCUGGCCUUGUUGCAGUCCGCUAGUCUGUGGCAAAGAAGAGGAGGGAGUAGGAGGGAUUAGCGCUGCAGGCAAGGGGAGAGCCGCUGUGUGGAGGAGGAGGAACUAGUAUGAGCCAGUGUAUAUAGAACUGCAGGCUUGACAAAAUCAUCUCCUUGGUUGAACUGCUUAUUUAUUGAAUUAUUCUAUCGCCUGACCGGUAAGAAAGAAACAAUGAGAAGGAAAUCUAGAAUCCUGCUGUGUUUCGCCUUUCUCUGGCUGCUGGGCAUUGCCUAUUACAUGUACUCUGGAACCAAUGGGAGCAACCGAAAGGAAGACUGGAAUGAAAUUAAUGCAGUUAAAAAAAGAGAUCCCCACAACACCAAUGGAGAAGAACAGAAUAUGGAAACCUUACCUCCAGGUAAAGUAAGAUGGCAAGACUUUGAUCAAGAUGCUUAUGUCGCAGCUACUAUAGUAAGACCUGGCCAGGAUGCCUAUGCACGGAACAAGUUUAAUCAAGUGGAAAGUGAUAAACUCCUCAUGGACAGAAGUGUUCCAGACACAAGGCAUGAACAAUGUCGUAAAAAAACAUGGAGAGUUGAUUUACCAGCAACCAGUGUUGUUAUCACAUUUCAUAAUGAAGCCAGGUCUGCCUUACUGCGCACAAUAAUCAGUGUAUUAAAAAAAAGCCCAGUGCACCUUGUCAAGGAAAUUAUACUUGUUGAUGACUACAGUGAUAGUGCUGAAGAUGGGGCUCUGCUUGAGAAGAUUGAAAAAGUACGCGUACUUAGAAAUGAUAGACGAGAAGGUCUUAUGCGUUCUCGUGUAAAGGGUGCAGAUGCAGCACAGUCUAAAGUUCUUACGUUUUUGGACAGCCAUUGUGAAUGUAAUGAACGUUGGUUGGAGCCUCUGUUAGAAAGGGUUGCUGAGGACAAGACUAGAGUUGUGUCUCCUAUAAUUGAUGUCAUUAACAUGGACAAUUUCCAGUAUGUUGGAGCAUCAGCUGAUUUGAAAGGCGGUUUUGACUGGAAUUUGGUUUUUAAGUGGGACUAUAUGACGCCAGAACAGAGAAGGACCAGACAAGGAAAUCCAGUAGCUCCAAUUAAAACUCCAAUGAUUGCAGGUGGACUGUUUGUUAUGGAUAAAUCAUACUUUGAACAAUUGGGAAAGUAUGAUAUGAUGAUGGAUGUUUGGGGUGGUGAAAAUUUGGAAAUCUCAUUCCGUGUGUGGCAGUGCAGUGGGAGCCUUGAAAUUAUCCCUUGCAGUAGGGUAGGCCAUGUGUUUCGAAAGCAGCAUCCAUAUACUUUCCCCGGUGGCAGUGGAACUGUAUUUGCCAGAAAUACACGAAGGGCUGCAGAAGUUUGGAUGGAUGAUUAUAAGAAUUUCUACUAUGCAGCUGUACCUUCUGCAAGAAAUGUACCAUAUGGAAACAUUCAGAGCCGCUUAGAGUUAAAAAAAAACCUGGGAUGCAAGCCUUUCAAGUGGUAUCUAGAAAAUGUUUAUCCAGAACUAAGGGUUCCUGAUCACCAAGAUAUUGCAUUUGGGGCUUUGCAGCAAGGCACAAAUUGUUUGGACACAUUAGGCCAUUUUGCAGAUGGUGUAGUUGGAGUUUAUGAAUGUCACAACGCUGGAGGCAAUCAGGAAUGGGCUUUAACCAAGGAUAAAUCAGUGAAACAUAUGGAUCUUUGCCUUACUGUUGUAGACAGGGUACCGGGCUCCCUUAUAAAACUUCAAGGCUGUAGAGAAAAUGACAGCAGACAGAAGUGGGAACAAAUUGAAAAUAACUCCAAACUGAGGCACGUGGGUAGCAAUUUUUGCCUGGAUAGUCGAAAUGCAAAAAAUGGUGGUCUUACAGUAGAAGCGUGCAGCCCUUCUCUGUCACAGCAAUGGAAAUUCUCUCUUAAUCUUCAACAGUAAAAUAACUGAAGGGUUUGGGGGGAAGGGGGGGGAACCACAGAAGACAUGGGAAGGGGGGGGGGUGAGCAAGCGCCAUUUCAUGGACAUUGAUUUGAAUGCAUUGCAGAUAUAUUUGUCCACAUUUCUGCAAAACUAUAUACCUCAGUAUUCCAUCAUUGUUUGUGGAAUCAUGAGUGUGGGAGUCUUCAAGAAGAGACACAAAGUACAGCACCUUUGCACCUCUUCCUCGGUUUGGAUUGAAAUAUCGCAUUCUUGCACAUGAGGCCUCAAUGAGGAUUGUAACUUAUUAUGUGUUGCCACAACAGGAGGUUUGGCUUUGAUUUGAAAAAUGGGAAGGUUUUCAAAUCUUUAGGCACAUAGGCCUUUUUUUAUUUUUUAAAUGGAAGCAAAAUUGUCAUAGUAUCUAAUAAAUAUAUGGCACUUUUUCUUUCCCUAGAUUCUCUAGAUUUGAUUUCUUUGGUGCAUUGUUAUAACUUUGCUAAUCACUACAACCUUUUCCCAAGAUGAUUAUCAUGGACUACUGUUGUACUGUUUCUUUAUUCCUUAUGUACAAAAUAAUGAGAAAUGUACGUAAAAAUACUAACCGGAAUCUAUUUUAUUGGUGAACAACUGCAUAAAAAAAUGUGAAUUCACUUUUUAUUCUUUUAAACAGUGUUUACAGCUUGUUUUCUUCAGUGCAUUUAGCCACACAGAAACGCUCAUCGCAAUUGCUGCAACGGAUCAGUUCUCUCUGCAUUUAGUUUAGUCUGUGUCAUGCCUUAUGUUCCCGUGUUUUUAGCUUUUCCAUUCUAUUUAAUGUCUUGAUUUUAGGGAAGGUUUGUGACCUAACAGAAGCAUCAUAGUCCUUCAGUUGUGUAUUCAGAUGUCGGGGCAGUACUUGUAAAAUAAAUGACGGCAGAAAAAUCAUUGAAAUCAGCAAGCUUUUGUGCUGUCUUCUUUUUUUUUCUGCUUGCCACAAUAUUGAAUUAGUUCAUCAUCUGCAGUUUGCCGAAUAAACAUCUUCCAUCUGUAUUUUUGACAUAAGGGCCGGCUAUGUUCAAUGAGUAAUUUCCUCCUAUAUAUUUCAAUUGAAAAAUACUCCCUUUUUAACAUGAGCUCGUUUGGUUGAGUUUAUGUUAAACUGGACCUGUCACCCAGACACAAAAA